AUGCCCGCCUCCGCCCCGAAGACUGAGAUCCCGUCCGAGUACCGCAUCUCCGAGAAGUGGGACAAGUGCAUCGAGAGCUUCAUGGUCAACUUCUCGGCCGGCCUCGUCGCGGGUGGCUUGACGUCGCUUGUGCUUGCGCGUACGGGCGCGGGCCGCUCGGCCUUGACGGGCUUUGGCGCGGGUGCUGGCGCUGGCGCGACCUGGACGACGUGCAGCUUGGCGUUUGAAGAAGAGGCCAAGAAGAGCGACAACUAA